AUGGGUUUAGGCGGUCUUACGCUUAAACUCACGGCCACUACGCUACGAUGCAUCCAGUUCUUGGCCUCCGCCCUCAUCCUCGCCAUCUUUUCUUACUACUUGGCUGUCUUGGCCAACCGUGACUUGACCAUUGCAAGAUGGAUGAAAGCGGUUGAGGGCAUGUCGGGCGCUGCGGUUCUCUAUACCAUUCUAGCCAUCCUCUUUACCUGCUUCCUCGGCGGCGUGACUUUCUUCGCCCUCGUCGCUAUUCUUCUGGAUAUCUGCUUUGUCGGAUGCUUCGUCGCUAUUGCCAUCUUGACCCGUCACGGCGUCGGCAGCUGCACCGGCAAUGUUAAUACCCCUCUCGGAUCUGGCCCUGCGAACAGUGGCGACCCGGGCUACGGAAAGAAUGGAUUCGGUUUCCACCACGGCGAUACUGUUACCUACGCGCCGAACCUUGGCCAGGCAUGCAAACUUGAGAAGUCCUCUUUUGCCGUCGCUAUUAUCAACAUUAUGCUCUUCAUCUUUUCUGCCCUCUUGCAGCUCGCUUUGAGAAAGCACCACCAAAAGGACAAGCGCUUUGGUCCCUCUCCCGCAAACAACUACACCGGAGGCGCUGGCCGCAAGCCUUUCUUCAGAAGACGCCGCGGACCUAAGACCACCAGAGACGCCUAUGGCAAUGGUGCCGCUGCCGAGCUCGGAACUAUCAACUCGGACAAGCCUCAUGCCGACAUGCGCCCGUCUGCCGAGACUGGAUACACGGGUUCAACCAUGGCUGCGCCAGACCACAGCUACAAGUACGCUCCGGAGCCGACGCUUCCCAGUGUCGAUAACUCGCAUGGCUAUUACACCUCGCCCACGACCAACUACGGCGCUACAAGGGGUCACUUUUAA